AUGGUUGGACCCGUCAAGACUGCUCCGGGCGGCUACACCCAUAUCUUCAUGGCAGUUGACAAAUUCACCAAGUGGAUUGAGGUCAAGGUUGUCACUAGCAUUGAUACGGCUAAAGCCGCUCAGUUCAUGAAGGAAAUCACACACUGCUUUGGAGUGCCAAAUAGGAUCAUCACAAACCUUGGCAUGGAGUUUACAGGCUCCGAGUUUUGGGACUUUUGCCAGGACAACCUCAUUGAUGUGUACUACUCCUCAGUAGCACACCUGUGCUGCAAGGGCCAGGUCGAACGUGCGAAUGCGAUGGUCCUCCAGUUGCUUAAGUCUUGCAUCUUUGACAACGCAGCCAAAUAUGCCACCAAGUGGCUACGCGAGCUACCCCAUGUUAUCUGGGGUCUUCGGACUCAGAAAAGUAGGGCUACCGGCUACACCCCUUUCUCAAUGGUGUACGGCUCGGAGGCCGUCCUACCAUCCGAUGUGGCCUUUGGCGCCCCAUGCAUCCAGUACUACGAAGAAGGUGAGGCAAAAACAAGUUGGCACGUCGACAUCGAUAGCCUCGAGGAGCAUCUAGUGGCAGCUCUUAUCCAGCGUGCACACCACGAGCAGCAGAUACGACACUACCAUGAUCGAAAUGUCAGAUAA